AUUUGAUGAAUCAAACCUUUAUUCAUCGUUAAAUUGAAAAAUGAACUGAAGUUUUAUAAUCUAUGAUGUAAUUUCUCCGUGGAAGAAGAACUUCAAGCUUUUCGCUUUCAACGUUCAGACUACCUCUUCACUCUUCAGGUCUCUCAUACUCUACCCAGUCUGUGUCUCUGUUUUUGUCGACAUGCCCAACCACCAGCACCUCCAGGUCGUGCUCCGUCCCAACCAAUCUUCCCCUUCGAGCUCCUUCACCUCCAAGGUCCUCCUCCUUCUCACUCUGCUACCUCUCACGCUCGCCACCUUGGCCUUUGUCCUCCAAUGGCGUGGUGGGAUCACCGACCCCACCACCCGCUGGUCCCCACCUGGGUCCCAACACCUGUUCCCCGGGAUGGACCCCUCCCCUCUCUCCCCCACUGCCCACCACUCUUCUCCCUCCGACUGCGUCAGCCUCGGUCGCGGCGCUUCCCCUUCGUUCCCUUACUAUCACGGCUGGAAGUUCGACUACGGGUCCAAUCUGAGGCCUAAGAUAUGUAUUACGACGAGUACAUCAGCUGGCUUGGAGCAGAUUUUGCCAUGGAUGUUUUACCACAAGGUUAUUGGAGUCUCAGCCUUUCUUCUUUUUGUGGAAGGAAAGGCUGCAUCUCCCGACGUGUCUAAAGUUCUGGAAUCUAUCCCUGGAGUCAAAGUGAUAUAUAGAACGAAAGAGCUGGAAGAACAACAGGCUAAGAGCCGGAUUUGGAAUGAGACAUGGCUUUCAAGCUUCUUUUACAAGCCAUGCAAUUAUGAGCUGUUUGUGAAGCAAUCUCUCAAUAUGGAGAUGGCAAUUGUAAUGGCACGGGAAAGCAGUGUUGAACGAGAGGAUAUUAAGGAACCUUUUACAGAGGUGUCAAUGUUCAAGAGGAAUUAUGACCAUCUUCCAAAGGAUGCAUAUUUUGGCAUGUACAAAGAAUCGACUCGUGGUAAUCCAAACUACUUUUUGACUUAUGGAAAUGGGAAAUCAGCUGCUCGGAUUCAAGAUCAUCUUCGUCCCAAUGGUGCGCACAGAUGGCACAAUUAUAUGAAAUUCCCGAAAGAAAUUAAAUUGGAGGAGGCUGCUGUUCUACACUACACAUAUGCCAAGUUUUCAGACUUGACCUCUAGGCGUGAUCGAUGUGGCUGCAAGCCUACAAAGGAGGAUGUCAAAAGAUGCUUUAUGUUGGAAUUUGACAGAUCUGCAUUUAUAAUUGCUUCAACAGCAACAGAGGCGGAAAUGCUAAACUGGUACCGGGAACACAUUGUGUGGGGUGACAAAGAUAUAAAAAUGAAACUGCUGAGGAAGGGUAUAUUAACUCGCAUAUAUGCUCCCAUGGCCAUAAUACAAGGCUUGCGGGACUCCGGUAUCUUCAGCUCUAUUAUUGCAUCUGCCCCAACGAAUCUUUCAAAGGGGAAAUUUCUUUCAUCCAUUGGGAGUAGUAACUCGUCUAGAGCUGCUGCCUCUGAAUCCUUUCCAUCAAGAAGGAUUGGUAGAGGCAGAGAGUAUCAAGCUACUGUUAGGAUUGGUAGAGGCAGAGAGUAUCAGGCUACUGUUAGGAAGGUCUUGAAAAUUGAAUCUGCUUCAUGUUAUGAAGCAGCUGUUCCACCAUUGUCCCCGCCAGGAAUGGAUGAUGACCCCCUCAUCGUAGAAGUGUGAUAUAUCCCGUAGCAAGACUGAUUGCUUCUACUUGUUUUGGAUGGUUUGUUGCUCUUGUCUACUCACGUCAAGGAACUCAUCAGGAGAGAAGAAAUGAGCAAGUCGGGUUAUGUUUGGUUCCCCUGGUUUAUCCUGAUCACCAUCCAAGCACGAUAAUACAGUCAUAAUUCAGAACUAAUUAUUUACAGCUUGACAAUUUAGUAGACUUUUCAAGUACUUGAAGAAUAGUAAAUGUAUAGAAAGGUUAGAAUUCAUGGUCAAGCCUUUAUUUGGCUGCUUGAGCACAGCACAGGCAGAAAUCACUGUCGGAUAUUCGUGUAUGGAAUUUAGAAUGUUGACAGUGUUAAUAUAUAUUUUCAGAGGCCCUCACAUUUGAGGUAAAUUUGGUGUUUUGA